CGGCUGCAGUGCCGAACUGAUCGCAUAUUUCUACAACCUUAUACUAUAUUACACUGUCCCAAAGGGAGAGAUUAUCUAGAUCCAUGUUAUUCAACUUCCCACGGAACAACUAGUUAGUCAGUCGGGUGUAACCACGAUGGACCACCGCCGCGCCAGCGCCGCCGAGUCCGCCAGCAGCAGCGUAUACUCGACGCAGACGCUGCCCGUCCCUCCCACACUUCCCAUCAGCGACAGCGGGCGCGCCUCGCAAACGAGCUUCGCAUCACGGGCCUGGAUCUUCGGCAAAGUGCCCAACUACACUUCCACCACCACCAAUCCUACCCACCAACUCAACCCCAACCCCAACAACUACUGUAAUAAUGAUAAUAACAACAACAAUAACAUCAAUCCCGAGCAGCGCCGACAACAGCGCCGCCGGCCCUCCCGGCCCUCGCACCUAGAGCCCGUCGCGAUCCGCGACAGCGUGGGGUACCCGUCGGCGUCGAGCUUCGAGGCGACGAUCGAGAAGGGCACGGCGCGGUGGGGGCGGCGCAGCUCGACGAAGCCGCGGCUGGUGGACCUGGGGGGGCUGAGGCGUAAGGUUAAGCGGAUGACGAUGUUGCGGCGCGGGUCCGAGCAGCAGGAGCACCAGGGCGCGGUGGGGGCGAUGCCGGCGACGUUGAGGGAGGCUUUUGGGGGGCAAGGGGUUGGGGUGGGUGUGGGUAUUGGUGUGGGGGCAGGGGCGGAUAGGGAGGGAGAUCGGGGGAUGGUUCAGGUUCGGAAUAUGAACGACAACCUGAAUCUGGACCAGACGCAAGCACGAGGCGAAGAGCGUGAGCCUGAGGAUGGGGAUGAGGAUGUGAGGAUUGGUCCGCCGACGGAUCGCCAGUUAGCGACGAUGCUGUACCACGAGAUCCAGAACGAUAUCAUGAUUCGGACGAGGACGGAGUCGCCUACGUCACGAGUACCCGAGCUGCCGUUCCGAGAUAAAAUAAGGGGGAAGCAUUUUAGUCGGACGACGGGGAACUUGGACGAAGAAGUUUCGAGCUACGCGAAAGAUAAAAGACGGGGUUGCACUACGGCGCAAUGCGUUGUGAUAUGAUAAUGAGGAUGUAAUGAUUGUUUGGUGCUUCUAUGCUCAGGGGGUUUAUGGGAGAUGGCGGGUUUAGCGGGUGCAUCGGCAUGGAAAAUCAUGGUGUUUGGGCUUCCGGAGGUAUUAUCCCUUAGAGAUCCGCAUGAUAAGUUAGGAUGUGUAUGAAUAGAUCGUGAAGAUAUUUGCUGAUGGAUCGUAAUGGAUAAGCAUUUAGCGUUGUUCGUCUCGAAUAGGGCGGGUUGGACCAAAGGUGAGGUAUACUAAUAACAAUAUACCUAAGGAAUUGGUGUAUAGUUACAAAUAGGCCAAGGUUAGCAAUAGUCCCACGGUACGCAAUAAGUGUUAAUAGUAAAAGUACUUCACUUCCAAUUCACCAAAAUCGUAUUGCCCUCCCCUAGCUUCGUAUACCACACUGUCCUUCCAUACCAUCUGCCUUUCCCUCU